AUGGUGGUCGUUGGCGGCGCGAGCCGUACAGCGGUUCCCCAGCGUCGGGGGAAGGCUGGAUCCAUCUACCAGUAUAUUUCCGUCGCGAGCUACUUUGUUCUAUUGUUUUUGUGUUUUCUCAUGAUUUGCACCGUCCUGGAGCUGGACGACGCCCCGGACGAUCACGGGGAUUUGCACGCCUUGACCGUGUCGACGGUUCCCCAGUCGCGUACCGGGCUUGCCGUGACAGUUCCGCCUAUCACAGUGGCUUACGCUGUGACCAUUACCGAAUGUGGUUCAGACGAUGACGCUGCCUGGCGCUUGGCCGAAGGAGCCGCCGUCCUGGCGUACUCGAUCCAUCAAGCGCACCACGCGGCGUCAUCGUCCCCACUCACCCAACCCGAACGACUCCACGAACAGCAACGCUACAACUACACCCUGUACGCUAUUUAUCACCCCCAAGCCGAGCCGUGUGUUUCGAAACUGAAAGAUUUAAACUAUACGCUGCUCCGCCGGGACACGCCGGUGGCGGUCCACGAAAUCCGGGGGGAUUUCUUGCGCGAGAAGAUUACCGCGAACGGCUGUUGUGGGGAAAAGGAACUGCUCAAAUUGGAAGCGUACACACUGACGUCGCACGAAAUUGUCGUCUUGUUGGAUCUGGACGUCUUACUGUUGCAACCCCUCGAUCGGCUCUUUGACUUUUUGACGUACGGCACGCCACUGCCCCGGGACGAUCUCCAAUGGCCGGAUCGGCCACUUGCCACUACCGCGUACCGGGACAUUGGAUUGCUCUACACAGUCGACUACGCCAUGGUGAAUCCAGGGCGAGCGGUCAAACCCUUUCAGGGAGGUGUACUCGUACUCCGCCCGGAUCGGAACGUAUACGAAGAGCUUCGGAACAUCGUUCGUGAGGGAGAUUACCGUGAUCAGGGUGGCUGGGGAGGACGCUCGAGAAAGUUUUGGGGGAGUAUGACCAUUCAGGGAUUGUUACCGUACUAUUACGAUAUUUUGCACUUCAACGAAACGCGAGCACUAGAAUUGAAUCGGUGCGUCUACGACAACAUGUGCUCCAAGUCACGGAACGGAGACGCGGUCAACGACCGUCCCACGGGGCAGUGCUAUACCCAGGAAGAGUCCUGUGAGGACUGUCGGGAUCGUAGCGUGGCCACUAUCGUGGCUACGCACUUUACGGUAUGUCAAAAGCCCUGGACGUGUACGGUACACGGACGAGCCGGCAUCGAUCAUCGACUGUGCCGCGCUUUGCAUCACGAAUGGUUCCGGGUAAGAUCCGACCUGGAGCAGUCCUGGGGUCGCUCGGGUUGGGGCACCGGUGUUUGGCGUGAGCGGGAGCAAUUUUUUGGCUUUUGCAACACCUACGGAACCAAGGGAUACGAAACAAUCACCAGACCAUAUGGCUCAGCGCGCGAAUAA